CAACACUUGAAAAAAACAUACCCGAAUUACCCUCUACAACGUUAAUUGUUUCCAGAGAAUUGCAUUAAUUCACUGCAAAUGGAGUUCCAGAGAGCGAUCGGCGGCGGCGGUGUUGUGAAGCGAGACAGGAAGAAACAGGGGAAGAAGGGAAAGGAGGUGAAGGUGGUUUACAUUUCCACUCCGAUGAAGGUGAAGACGAGCGCCGCCGGAUUUCGAUCGCUCGUCCAGCGCCUCACCGGCCGGCACUCCGACAUCGCCCGGAUCAUGGAGGCCAACGGCGGCGCCGCCUGCUGCGAAUUCCAGGAUUUCGCCGACGACCGGUCGCCGCCUUCUCAGAUCCCGAAGACGGCGGAUCCGGCGGUUGCGGACGAGUCGCCGACAAGCUCGGAAUCUCAGGUGGAUGAGCAAUUUGAAGAGGUUUUUCCGAUGGAUUUGUUUCUGAAUCUGAGCUCUUUCGAUUUGGAGGACGAUGUUCUUGGUGCCUACUAGCUCUUAUUUAAUUAUUCCCACAAUCAAUUUUUAUUUUUUUUAGUUGCAAUUAUUUUAAUUUUGCACUAUCAUACUCUUCUCGUCCGAAAAUUUUCUUUUUCAUUUAACUUUUCAGAGUCUCCAAUAUUACAUUUUGAUCAUUAAUAUAUAUAUUUAUACAUAGAUAUGUUUUAUAAAAAUUUAUUUUUUCAAAAUUACGUUUCAAUAUAAAUAUAUUGAUAUUAAAUUUAUAAUAUAAUAUAUAUAUUUUUACAUAUCAUGACCAAAAUUUACAAAAUUUGAUCAAGAAAAGUCAAAUGGAAAAAACAUUUGUGGACGAGAAGAGUAUUAAGUAUUUUGACAAUAUUUGUUAAUUGUAGAAUGUAUAAUAUUUGUAUCGUGUAGGAAUAGUUUCGAUUUU